AUGUCCGCUUCAACAAAGCAGGCAGCGACGCCAGUCGCUCAGGCCUCGGGCAAGCCGGUCGCUAACAUGAUCGACCCCGAGCGCGACGACUUUCUCGUCCCCGACAACUAUGUCACUCGUACCGUGGAGAACAUGAAGAUGCUCCCGCCCGUGACAUGGCGUAACCUCCACAAGAACAUCCAGUGGAUUUCGUUCCUCGCCCUGACCAUCCCCCCCGCCAUGGCCAUUUACGGUCUACUUACCACCCCCUUCCAACUCAAGACGUUCAUUUGGUCGGUCGUCUACUACUUUAUCACUGGUCUCGGUAUCACUGCCGGUUACCACCGUCUUUGGGCUCACCGCUCCUACAACGCCUCCAAGCCACUCCAGUACUUCCUCGCACUUGCUGGCGCCGGUUCCGUCCAGGGCUCAAUCAAGUGGUGGUCGCGCGGCCACCGCGCUCACCACCGCUACACCGACACCAAGCUUGACCCCUACUCGGCUCACGAGGGCUUCUGGCACGCUCACAUGGGCUGGAUGCUCGUCAAGCCUCGCGGCAAGAUUGGAGUCGCCGACGUCUCGGACCUGAGCAAGAACUCGGUUGUCCGUUGGCAGCACAACAACUACGUCUCCCUCCUCUUCUUCAUGGGCCUCAUCUUCCCGACUCUUGUCGCUGGCCUCGGUUGGGGAGACUGGUGGGGCGGACUCUUCUUCGCCGGUGCCGGUCGCCUCGUGUUUGUUCACCACUCGACCUUCUGCGUAAACUCGCUUGCCCACUGGCUCGGUGAGACCCCCUUUGACAACAAGCACACCCCCAAGGACCACUUUAUCACUGCGCUUGUCACUGUCGGCGAGGGCUACCACAACUUCCACCACCAGUUCCCUAUGGACUUCCGUAACGCCAUCAAGUGGUGGCAGUACGACCCCACCAAGUGGUUCAUCUGGACUAUGGCUCAGCUUGGCCUCGCCUCGCACCUCAAGAAGUUCCCCGACAACGAGAUCCGCAAGGGCCAGUACACCAUGAAGCUUAUCAAGCUCCAGGAGCAGUCUGAGCAGCUCGAGUGGCCCAAGCACGCCAACGACCUUCCCAUCAUUUCGUGGGAGGACUUCCAGGCCGAGUCCAAGACACGUGCCCUCAUCGCCGUCCACGGCUUCAUCCACGACUGCACUUCGUUCACUGAGGACCACCCCGGAGGCGCGCACCUCAUCAAGCGCGCUAUCGGUACCGACUCGACCACAGCCUUCUUCGGCGGUGUUUACGACCACUCGAACGCCGCACACAACCUUCUCGCCAUGAUGCGUGUCGGUGUCCUCGACGGCGGCAUGGAGGUUGAGCACCUCAAGGUCGGCCGCCUCACCCGCUCCAACUCUGCCGACUCGCUCAUCUCGUCUGCUUCAUCCAUGUCAGCCUCGUCCAUUCUCUCCGAGGUCGAGGACAUGGACAAGCCCGAGCGCAAGCCCGUCUACCAGCCGGUCGCACAGGUCUCCAACCCUUGGACUCUUGCUGUUCCACCCUCGGAGAAGUACCGCAUCAUCCGCAGCUCGCCCGAGAUCCGGCCUGGGCUUGUUUCGCGCGUCCAGAGCGCCGCCUCGCCUUAA